AUGAGAGAGAGAGCAGAGAGACGCGGGCUUACGCUUACGGCGACAGCGAGAGAAAAAGGGAAGGGGACGGGAAAGUACAACAGCGGGAACGGCAGUGCUCGACGCAGAAAGAGGAAGACGCGCUGCGGGCCCUGUCUCCCUCCGUGCGACUUUACGCUCAGCGCCACUCCCAUCAAUCCUCGCACUCCGGGGUCCUCCCUCCUCCUCGCGUCCCCGAUAAGCCUCCUCCGUGUCCCACCACCGUCCUGCGCAUUUCCAUGGCACACCGCGGCGUGCGGCAGCGGACAUGCACUCCGCACCGUCCACACGCGCACCCAAACACGGCGGCACCGCCUCCUCCUGCGUUUCCCAUCUUCACGCGCCCGCCUUCCCACGCACUCCCAGCGUUCUGCCGUUCUGGACCCACGCGCGCAACCGAGAAACGGAAACACGUCCCCGCGCCCGUUAUCGCAGCGUGACGCGAGCCGAAAGCUGGCCCGAAACGCGAGGCGCCGCCUUGCCUCCCGCACGCCCUCCUCAUCCCCGUCCGCCCGCUCUUGGUAUGCCUCCUGCCGGCUGGCGACGCCCCUGCUGCGGCACCGCUCCCUGGCGUUCCAAACCACGACCGUCAACGUCGCCAUCACAUACUCGCCCAAUCCGUCCAUCUCCCAUCCCAACGCGGUCCAUCCUCCAUCCAAACGCGGUCGUUCGGCCCCCAACCACCACCCGGCCCGCCCGCAUCAGAGCACCGGCCUCUAUCGCCCGCGUCCCCCACCGCGCGAUAAGCAAAAGUGUCCAUUAUUAAACCCUGACGUCACCCCGUCACCCGCCGUGCCUGUCACAGAACCCGCGCCGCGCCUCGGGGUCCCCACGUCAUCGCAGACGCGCGCUUCCGCAUCAUGCAAUAUACGAUAA